CCCAGAUUUGGUGGAUUCAGGUCAACAGUUUGUUUUGCUCUGCGGUUAGUUGCUGCAUUACUUCGCGACUCAACGGUGACCGAAAGCCCGCAAAUGAGCUACACUGAAUAUUCCGAACUCGAGGAGUUGGGUGAGCAGCUGCCCCGGUACCGGCCGGACUCGAUCGCAGCCCUGCGGCGAGCCACCCGGUUCACGGAGCCCGAGCUGAAGCGCCUCUACCGGGGCUUCAAGGCAGAGUGCCCCACUGGAGUUGUGAAGGAAGACACCUUCAAAGUCAUAUACUCACAGUUCUUCCCGCAAGGAGCAAAUACUGCACAAUACGCACACUUCGUGUUUAACACGUUGGACCAAGAUAGAAGUGGACUGUUAAGUUUUGAGGAAUUUGUAACUGGCUUGUCGAUACUAUCCCGGGGCACGCUGGAAGAGAAGCUGCGGUGGACAUUCUCCUUGUACGAUAUAAACGGAGACGGGUACAUCACUAAAGAAGAAAUGACCGAGAUCGUCAACGCGAUAUACGACCUAAUGGGCAGAAUCGUGGACCCGUCGGUAGAUGAAGAAAUUAUCCGAGAAAAAGUUGAAAGGCUAUUUCAGAAAAUGGAUCUGAACCGCGACGGAGUUUUGACGCUAGAUGAAUUCCUGGAUUGCUGCCUACGUGACGAAGACAUCUCCCGGUCCAUGGGCGUAUUCGACAGCAACUUCUGACGACCUGCGAGCGGCGCGCGCGCACCCCUCCGUCGCGCUCCGUAGUUGGGUCACUUAGGGUACAUGAUAAUGGACGCUUUGUAUGAGGGGUUGAAGAUCUACAAUGAAAUACAUCGCAAAAAAUGGCAACUGCUCUUUCAACUCUAUUCAGGAACUCGAGCGUGUGUUGAAGCUGGCUGGAUUUGAAUGUAACGAAUUAUUUUAAAUACAUUAUAAUGGCAGACAACUGUUCUGAAAGUUAAAAUCGUAGAUAUUUUAUUCAUUUCUGAGACGUAUUGUUUUGCAAAAUAGGGCUCUACAUGAUUAAUUGUGUAAUAAAUUGGUGUCAAUGUUAAUUUGAUUAUGUAUAACAAAUUUAACUUCCGUAGAUUUUGUAAGUACGUAUAAUUAAACACGUAAUUAUGCAUAUUAUUUGAAUAUUUUAGUUAAUUUGUAUAAAAUUUAAACGACACUAAGUAUUUAGAUAGACAGUUUUGAAUUAAUGAGACGUCGAAUCUUAGGUAAUUCCUUAACUGAAGUACUUCCUAUGUAUGUGUUGAUUUAGAGGCAUACGUUUUAAGUGUUUGCAGAUUUAAUACUUCUUCUAAUAAUAAGUACCUAUACUCGUGUAUUUUCGCGGAAACUAUCCGAAACACGGUCUUUUAGAAAUUAUAGUGAAUCUAACAGAAUCUUAACUAGUUUUUAAUCGGAGUAUCGAUAUUAGAGAUCCAGUUGUAAAUCCUUUUGUCUAUCUAUUAGAUGAUCCACAGAAUACAGUCAGUUACAUAUUAAUGAUCGAUGUUUGCAACCAGUUCUUUGUAGAUUUGUUUAGAUUACUGUGUGUAGAACCUAAACUCGUUUCCUGACUACAUUGUUAAAAUGAAACUUCGAAAUCUAUAAAUGAAAGUAACAUAAUGCGCUAUAUCUUGUAUGUACUUAUUGAUUUUCUUGUGAACUGCUUUUAGACCAUCUCUUAUAUCCUUCUGCUUUCUCUUCUUUUUCAAAUCGUUCCGGCCAUUUUUUAUAGAUGUUUAGAUUGUAAUAUUCAUUUUAAGGUGGUUAUAAUACCGACGAUUUAGAUAUUUUAUAUUUAUAAUUAUUUAGGCAUUGUGUCAUUAAGAUAUACCUCCCAGCGCCGCUUUCGCAAUCUUGUGCUUGUCUUGAAUAAUGUUAAUUAGGUCCUUAUAUGUUUGCUAUAUGAGAUUAUCCAUGAAAGGCCUAAGGCUCAGCAAAGUAAUUCAUACCUAUUUAAAUAAAACAGGUCACAACACUGCCAUAAAUUACAAAAUACUUAUUAGAUACCUUUUCAAAAUCAGUUAGCAGGACGUGACUAGUUGAGCCCUCGAUGUAUUUUUCAUUUGCCUUUUCUUCGGGACAAUAAAUGAAAAGAUGAAAAAUAUAAAAGUAACAAUUUUAAAACACUUUAAUUAAUUACAGCUUAUUUACUUUAGUCGUGUCACGUUUCUAUGUCAUAUAAAGAAUUCUUAAAUGUUUUCUAAGAUAAUAAUAUCAUAGACAUGUAAAUAGAUUUGUACAUAAAAUUUAAUGUAGAAUUAAAUGUGUAUAUUUUCAUAGUAAAUGUUAAAUGGAACCAAUAAAUAGAUGGCAUAUUAAAUAUUGUCUAAUAUGGUAUUGUCCAACCAACUUCUUGCAAACUUAAAAGAACAAUAUUACUAUGAAAAAUCAAUGUGAUUAAAGAAGUGAUGAUAAAAUACAGAAUAGAGUAAACCUACCAAUUAAAAGUUUAUUUUUAAUGUUGGAUAUUCAAAUAACUAUUCUUCUUAACUGCACUUACAAAGUACCUACUUGUUUAUAUUUAAACCACAUGAAAUAUUUUGUUGUACAAUUUUAAACAUUAUUGGUCGAGCUUACAUAGAUAAGAAAAUUUAUGUAUGUGUCUUCCUAAACAAAUUAUGUUUCUAUUCUCCUUUAUGGUUAAUAGCCAAAUUAAAACUGGCAGUGACUUGUUCACACACAAGACGAUGUAUAGUAAUAUGAAGAGUUAAUAAUACUGUUCAAAUAGGUACCAUAAGAAUAAUAAAUUGAUGUUGCUAAUUUGUGUUUUUGAUCGAGGAUGAUUACAAUACUUUUUGUUUUAUUAGAUAGAUUCCACCCCAUUUGAUUAAUUUAUUAAUUCAAGUAGGUGUUUCUUUUUUAUCCCUUUACCUAUUCGAACAGUUGUAAUGGACUAGCUAUGUACUAAAAAGUCUUAUGAUGAAGAUAAGUAUAAAAUGUUUAGAUAAAAACAAUGUAGAAAGUACUUAUUACGAAUGAAUUAUUAUUCUGACCUAUAGAAGCUUAAAAACGAUUUGAUUAAAUUAUAGACAGUAACUUUUUUGUUGAGUUUCGAAAUAAAAAUACAGACCUUAUUAUCAUAAGUGUUAAGUCUAAAAUAUUAGUGCCAAAUGUUUACCGAACAGGCGAAUGUGUAAAUUCUGUCUUUCAUGAAAAUGUAUUAUGAAAUUAAAAUAAAUGUCAUGGUUUAAUUAAAUUUAAUCAUGUCAUGCUUCAAGCAAGUUCUUUUAAUAAAGCAGUGUGUGUUAUUUAUUCAGGAUUUAUAUAGGCCUAUUUAGGAGAUUAAAUUUAAAGUUCGAUUUUGUCUAAGGUCCAUGUACUUACUUACUAGUGUAAAAUCUACAGGUACUUGAUGUUAGAGUAGCCUCUGUUUUGUCCUAUAGGACCCCACUGUGUGUUACCAUGCAUGUGAUGUCAUAUCUAACGCGAUUGUUGCAGCUAUUGUUGUAGGAUUUUCAGUUACAAAGAACAC